AUGUCCACCAAGCGCUCGCGUAGCGAUUCCGGCUCACCCACCGCCGAUCUGUUGUCGUCUGAGGAUGGGUCCUGGCCGGUAUCCCCGGCUUCCUCCACCGCGCCCUCUCUCGGACGCUUCAAGAUGCACUUACCAGACACAGCUGCUCCGGUUGCUGAAGUCAUGCAUUGCUCUCUCCCGCCGCACCGGGACACCAUCGCCUUUGUCUCGUACGAAGACUACGAGGUCCAUUACCGCCAGGCCCACGUCAACCGCUGCUCCCAGUGUGGGAAGAACUUCCCCACGGAUCGGUUCCUCACCCUUCACAUCGAAGAGAAUCAUGACGCCAUCGUCGCCACGCGGCGGGAACGAGGCGAGAAGACUUACGGUUGCUUUAUCGAGGACUGUGAGCGGAAAUGCUCAACGCCCCAGAAGCGCAGAAUGCAUCUCAUCGACAAGCAUAUGUUUCCCAAGACAUACAAUUUCUACAUAGUCAACGAUGGCAUCGAUAAACAGACCUCCUUGUUACGGCCAACCAAGACGCACCGGCGCCGUUUAUCUGCCACUCCCAACUCACCCCAGGAAGGGCGACUGAGGAACAGACAGACUUCCGUGUCCUCGAGCUCGGGUGCUCGGCCGACACCUGCAACCGCCCAAGGCUCCGAUGAGAUGGAAAUCGCCGAGCUGGAAAAGUCCAUGUCUGCCCUGCGCUUUGUGCCAUCCAGUGUCACCAGACACCAGGGCAGAGUUGGUAGGAGGUCCUGA